AUGUCAACUCCAAACGUUCUGUCCCAGCAGCUUUGCUCACGGAUCCCGCGGUCCCAAAGAGACUUCGCCAAGUCCAUCCUCAACGGUGCUCCCGGAGGGCCGGCGGGGUACCUGCGGCGCGCCAGUGUGGCCCAGCUAACCCAGGAGCUGGGCACCGCCUUCUUCCAGCAGCAGCAGCUGCCGGCAGCCAUGGCUGACACCUUCCUGGAGCACCUGUGCCUGCUGGACAUCGACUCCGAGCCAGUGGCUGCUCGCAGCACCAGCAUCAUUGCCACCAUCGGGCCGGCAUCUCGCUCGGUCGAGCGCCUUAAGGAGAUGAUCAAGGCCGGGAUGAACAUCGCCCGACUCAACUUCUCCCACGGCUCCCACGAGUACCACGCCGCGUCCAUCGCUAACAUCCGGGAGGCAGCGGAGAGCUUCGCGACCUCCCAGCUCAGCUACAGGCCUGUGGGCAUCGCUUUGGACACUAAGGGGCCUGAGAUCCGCACUGGGAUCCUUCACGGGGGCCCUGAGACGGAAGUGGAGAUUGUGAAGGGCACCCAGGUGCUGGUGACUGUGGACUCUGCCUUCCGGACUCGGGGGAGCGCGAACACCGUGUGGGUGGACUACUCCAACAUCACCCGGGUCGUGCCGGUGGGGGGCCGCAUCUACAUUGACGACGGACUCAUCUCCCUUGUGGUCCGAAAAACUGGCCCAGAGGGGCUGCUGACAGAAGUGGAGAGUGGCGGUGUCCUAGGCAGCAGGAAGGGCGUGAACUUGCCAGGCACCGAGGUGGACCUCCCUAGCCUGUCCGAGCAAGAUGCCAAGGACCUGCGCUUCGGGGUGGAGCAUGGGGUGGACAUCAUCUUCGCUUCCUUUGUGCGGAAAGCCAGCGACGUGGCUGCUGUGCGAGCUGCCCUGGGGCCACAAGGACAGGGCAUCAAAGUCAUCAGCAAAAUUGAGAAUCAUGAAGGCGUGAAGAGGUUUGAUGAAAUCCUGGAGGUGAGUGACGGCAUCAUGGUGGCACGAGGGGACCUGGGCAUCGAGAUCCCAGCCGAGAAGGUCUUCCUGGCUCAGAAGAUGAUGAUCGGGCGCUGCAACUUGGCGGGCAAGCCCGUGGUCUGUGCCACACAGAUGCUGGAGAGCAUGAUCACCAAGUCCCGGCCGACCCGGGCGGAGACCAGUGACGUGGCCAACGCGGUGCUGGACGGGGCCGACUGCAUCAUGUUGUCAGGGGAGACGGCCAAGGGCAGUUUCCCAGUGGAGGCCGUGAAGAUGCAGCACGCGAUCGCUCGGGAGGCAGAGGCCGCCGUGUACCAUCGGCAGCUGUUUGAAGAGUUACGCCGGGCGGCACCCCUGAGCCGCGACCCCACAGAGGUCACUGCCAUUGGUGCUGUAGAGGCUGCCUUCAAGUGCUGCGCUGCCGCCAUCAUCGUACUGACCACCUCUGGCCGCUCAGCCCAGCUUCUGUCUCGGUACCGACCUCGGGCAGUAGUCAUCGCUGUCACCCGCUCUGCCCAGGCCGCACGCCAGAUCCACCUGAGCCGGGGGGUCUUUCCUGUGCUCUACCGUGAGGCUCCAGAGGCCAUCUGGGCAGACGAUGUGGAUCGCCGGGUCCAGUUUGGCAUUGAAAGUGGAAAGCUCCGUGGCUUCCUCCGCGCUGGCGAUCUGGUGAUUGUGGUGACAGGCUGGCGACCUGGCUCUGGCUACACCAACAUCAUGCGGGUGCUAAGGGUCUCCUGAGAGGGCCCAGCCCACCCGUCUCCACCCCAUGCUCCAUCUGAGGCCAUAUCUGCCAUCCAGCCCCUCCUCCUCUCCGCUUCUUGCAGCCCCUGAAAGUCUGUCUGAUUAUGUUCUGGCUGCCAGGCAGCGCUGACCCUCUGCAUCCGCCCGGCCCACUGUCUGCUCCACUCAGAUGUCCUGAGCCUUUAACCUCAGCCUGGCUGGUCGACUCCCUUCCUCCAGAUUCCUGUCCCGGGGUCGUCUGUCCCAUCUCUGCAGAAUGCAGGUCAUCUGGGGACAGUGCCACCUCCUCCUGAUGGCCUCAGGAAAGGCCAGGCCACCCCUCUGUGGUGACCGACAGGGACAUCAAAGCAAGCUUUGGGGGAAGCUGGGGAACAGGAGCAGGCUGUCUUGUCCCUGCUUUCACAGCCCUAGUGCUGGGCUCGAGGACAUCUCCCCUCAUGCCUGGCUAGGUCCAGUAUCUCCUCUUGCACCCAGAAAUUCCUUUAUUCCCACACACAAACCAAGAGCCAAAAUGAGUAUCUCUAUUUUCUUUUUAAACCCAGCUAUUUGAGAGCAAUAAUAAAACUCCCACACACCAAGAACCCCAUAACUCUCCCCUAAAAGGAGACUUAGGGUCCUGGCCCCCCACAUUCUUUGAUGCUGCAGAAAAGGAGAGGGAACAGAGCGGAUGGGGAAGGGACUACUCUUGUCCCUGAGAAGGCAGAAGGGUCGGCCUGCCCUUCCCUGGCUUAGAUGCCUGGGUGUUCCCCUAACCCCUGCUCUAAUAGCAGAACCUGCAGCGAGAACCCAUUCCUCUCUUCUCAGCUAGCCCCUCCUGCCCCUACCUACAAAGGGAGGGGGUUUGAAUAUUGCUGAUGGCACUGCUCGAGGGCCACAGAAGCUGGCAUGGAGGGACAGGUGAACAAAAGGAGUUGUUAAUAAAGAGCAAAUGAACAAAUAAAUAAAAUCAAUAAAUACCUGAAUAAA